ACUGGGGCGGCGUCCACGCCUCCUGCCCCGCCGCCGGCCCUGGGGCCUGUGCUCCUGCCUCAGCUGGCGAGCUGCAGUACUCGGCUUCGCGGUUCCUGGAGAGGCUGCAGUAGCUGCGGUUGGGGCUCAGGAGAAGUCACGAGAGCGGUGGUGCUGGGAGGCUUGGCCAGCUGGACAGCAGGCGUCCGCCACGCGGCCGAUGGUGUUUGCUACUAAUGGGUAUAAGCAAGUUAGAUGUCCUGUACAGGAGACUUCUCCUCACAAAACUUUUCAUCAGAGGAUGGGGAAGACCAGAGGACCUCAAAAGACUCUUUGAAUUCAGAAAGAUGAUCGGAAAUCGAGAAAAAUGCCAGAAUCUGGUUUCCAGCGAUUAUCCAGUGUACAUUGAUAAGAUUGAAGAGCAGUCAGACUGUAAGAUCCUGGAUGGACACUUUGUCUCUCCAAUGGCUCACUGUGUGCCUGGCAUCAUGCCAGUUGAAUCGGUUAUUGCAAGGUUCCAAUUUAUUGUGCCUAAAGAAUGGAACAGCAAAUAUAGACCUGUAUGCAUUCAUCUUGCUGGAACAGGAGACCAUCAUUACUGGAGGCGACGAACAUUGAUGGCCCGUCCUAUGAUUAAAGAAGCCCGGAUGGCUUCUUUGUUGUUAGAAAACCCUUAUUAUGGCUGCAGGAAACCCAAGGACCAAGUGAGAUCCAGCUUAAAAAACGUGUCUGACCUCUUUGUGAUGGGAGGAGCUCUUGUGCUGGAAUCUGCAGCUCUCUUGCACUGGCUGGAGAGGGAAGGCUAUGGGCCUCUGGGCAUGACUGGAAUAUCCAUGGGAGGACACAUGGCCUCCUUGGCAGUAUCCAACUGGCCUAAGCCCAUGCCCUUGAUUCCUUGUCUGUCUUGGUCCACAGCAUCUGGGGUCUUCACUACGGGUGUAUUGAGUAAAUCCAUCAACUGGAGGGAACUGGAGAAGCAAUAUUAUACACAAACUGUCUAUGAAGAAGAAAUUAUUCACAUGCUCGAAUACUGUGGAACAGAUUCUUUCAAAAUGGGACAAGAGUUUGUGAAACGCUUCCCUAGCAGUGUAGACAAAUUAUCCAACCUUAAUCUGGUUUCCAGAACUUUAAGUUUAGAUGUGACUGACCAAGCUGACGCAAAUCAUACUGAGUGCCAUGACUCUAGUAAAACAUCGACCAGUGCUAUGUCAAGACUCCUGAUGCAAGAUCCUUCUAAGAUAGAGAGCUUGAAUACAACGCUUUCAAUCAACAAAAGUUGUUACACAACUUACAACCCUCAGUCCUGCCACCCACUCAGCAAGGAACAACAAAGAAACAAUCUUCAGAAAGAGUCUUUAAUAUUUAUGAAAGGAGUCAUGGAUGAGUGCACUCACGUAGCAAAUUUCUCAGUUCCAGUUGACCCCAGCCUCAUUAUAGUGGUACAAGCCAAAGAAGAUGCCUACAUUCCACGGACAGGAGUUCGAAGUCUACAAGAAAUCUGGCCUGGUUGUGAAAUCCGAUAUCUAGAAGGGGGUCACAUUAGUGCAUAUCUUUUCAAGCAAGGACUCUUCAGACAAGCCAUCUAUGAUGCAUUUGAACGCUUCCUCCAUAAAUACGCUAACUAAUUGGAUCACUGUUGUAAAACAGUGCAGCCAUCCCAUUUCCUACAAGAGGAAUUUUCAUCCUGUGACCAUAUGAACAAGCAGUACUGUAUAUCCAGUACUGUAUAUCCAACUUACUCUGGAAUUCAGAAUGUUAAAUACAUUUCAAUAACUUAAAAACUGAAUUACCUAAUUGUGAAGUGUUUUGUUACUGUUUGUGAGAAUCCCAUAUGCUUUAUUCUGUUGUUACUAUUUAUGAAAACUUUACAUUUUUAAUUAUAAUUUAUUAACUGACAGUAAAUUUAUUCCUAGAACCCCUGUUGGUUUUUAAUGGAAUUGCUAAAACGAAGAUUGUAGUACAUCAGCCUGUACUGUAUACACCUUUAUGACAUUUCUGCUACUAACUUGAUUUGAAAAUGUGUUUGUGUUCAUAUGUGAUGAAUUCAUAAUCUACUUUCAACUUUAAUUUUCUGACAUAGAAAUACUUACAAUGAGCAAAAUCAGUAGUGACUUUGAAUUCUAAAAAAUCUUGAGUGCUUGAAGAUAAGUGCUUUUAAUAAUUAAAAUGAAUGUUGAAAUGUAGAUAAGAUAAAUAUUUAGACUGGGCUAGACUUUAAAUUACUAUCAAAGACAGGUUGGAAGAAAAAUCCCAAGUGGGGAUGUAGCUCAGUGGAGUGCUUAUCCGGCAGGCUUAAAGCCCCUCAUUGCCAAACACAUUUCCCCUACUUACGAGUUUUAAAAAGUGGAAAUAAUGAAAGAUCUUUGCAUUCAUUGAUGGAUUCUGUGUCUAAAUUUCUUGGGUACUUAUUCUUCUAUUUGCUAAGAAUCUGACUUUUGCCCAAGUACUUAACACCUCUGGCUUCUUAAUUUCAGAAUUUAAUAGCCAUGUAUGAGGUUGAUUUCUCCCAUAUAAACUUUAUUUUACAGAAAGGCUUCAAAGUUUUAUAUACUACUUUUAAAUGAGGUGUUUUACGGCUAGAUUCGGUGCUUUCUUUAAUUGACAGCUAAAAUGCUUAAGGCAACAAAAUAUUUUGGAGUAUUGUGUGAAGGUUUAGAGUUCAGUGUAUUUGGGUUUUAUUUGUUUGAAAUCUGUGUUCAUGAAUUAUUUAAAAUAUGUGUUAGUAGUGUAGUAAGGACAUGUGGAAUAUAAGUGCCUUUGCAGCCUUUUAAAAAUUUGUCACCAAUGCCUCCAUCAUCCUAAUUUUUUACUGCUAUUUUAAAAUGAUUAAUGUGAAGUUAUUGACAGCCAAAUAGUAACGUCUUUGAAACUGCUUUGGUAUAACAAGCCAACAUUAUACAGCUACUAGGGCUAUAGCAGUUCUGCAUAUUCAGAACAGAACCUUUAGUUUUAAGUAAAAGUACAAAACCUACUGAAGUUCUUCCACAAAUACACCUUAUGGAUAAAGUAGAACUUACUGUGAACUGAACUGCAAUGACUUUUUUAUAUUGUAUAUAUAGUAAGGUGGUAUUACUGAAUGCUUUUUGGACAACAGUUUUGGAAGGACUAACAAACAAACACUUCAUUCUUUCCACAUAAACACUUCUUAUUAAGCAAUAACAAACUAUGGUGUGUACUUUUCUAUUGGUAAAAGAAUGAGAUUUUGAUACAGUUUCAAUUACUAUUUUUCCCAAAAUAAAAUGU